AUGAUCUCGGUAACACUAGUGCUUCUAUUGGCGACUGUGUCAAUCACCCUGGCGAGAUCUCAAGCGCUGGAGAUCUCCGACAAGGGUUUGGACAUGACCCAGCCACCGAUCAAAUUGGACAAAAAUCUUCGCCGAGCUCUUCUGAAAGCCCUGACGGACUUGGAAGCCGAAUCUGCGGAGCAACACAAAGAGGACACGGUUAAUAUCGCUCAAAGGGACACCAGCGCCUUCGAGGGUGUCGCGAAGAAGAACCUAAACGAUAAACUCGACGUGCAGAAGACCACGUUCUCGUUCAAGAGUUUUCCAGGUGACGAUGAUCUACCAAGCGAAGACAAAUUGCAGAAUUCCAGUUUUGUCGAUGCUGUCCGUUACGUAACUCUGAAGACUCCUGGGAUGAACAUCGAGAAAGCCACGCAGGAAGAUGCCAGAAGCUUUCACGUGCAGAACGUGAUUCUGCCCGGGAAAAAUCCGGUGACCUUCGGAGCGAAAACUGAGAUCAAAGUGGAACAAAGAGAAAAAACAACUCAGGCUUCUGUAAACACGUUUCCCAAGGUGGAGAGUGUGACACUGAGGCCAGUCAUGGAGGUCUCCGAGAGUCUCGCCGGAAGUGCUACCAAUGGGAUCGCCUCUGCUAACGCGCUGAUCGCGCCAAAGCCCACUGAAAUCUCCCCAACAGCUCCGGCUGAAAAUAACGUAACGAUAAUUGAUUCUAACGAUUCUAAAGAUAAAACAGAAGAGGUUAAAAUAUUCGAGGCGCCACUGGUUGCAGCGUUUACUGUUCAACAGGACGAGCAAGGUGUGCCCAAAAGCGUGGUUCCCAUCUUCAGGUCGCCCAACGAUGGUCAAGCAUUGACUCUCCAAGAGCAGCUGGAAUUUAAGCAGCAGCUUCUGGAAAAGCAGUUGGCGGAGCUCCAACAUCAGCAGAUCCAGCAGACUCAGUUCCUGGUGAGACAGCAGCAGCUGUAUGAACAACAGCUGAGGCAGAAGCAACAGCAUCAGUACUACCUCCAAGAGCAGGCCAGGAUCAAACAGUUAGAGGAGCAGGCGAAACUCAAGCGCCUGGAAGAACAGAGGAUUAAACAAUUGGAGGAACAACGUUUCAAAUUUGAAGAACAGAGACUGAAUCGAUUCCAACAGCAACACCCUGUACCUCAAAAACAAUUCUUUUUCGAACAGAGUAAUAACCUCUUGACUUUCCAGCCGCCUGUUGACACCAACGUUCAUCUGCAACCUAGCGUUGCUCUAGAAGUACCAAGCGUCGCUGCGCCUCAGACUUUCCACUCAAGCUUCCAACAAGAGCAACUGCGUAUACAACCAUUCCGCCAACAACAGCAGCAGCAGCCGCAACAUCAUCAUCAACAGCAGCAACAACAACAGCAUCAACCAUUACCUCAGAUACAGCAGUCACAACAGCUGCACCAGCCGCAACAGCAACACCAACAGAGGCAACAACAGAGUUUCAGCUCCUUCUCGACCGACUUCCAGCCAUCGUUGGGAUCCACGACGAGAUUUAAUCGGCAAGAGGCCUUCAACGCGGUUGGCAAUUUUGGGUUCAACGUGGACAACAAGGUUACACCUACCAGAGGAAAUUUUGGCUUCAACGUGCCUCAGAGGACUCCGGCGAACUUCUACAACCCCUUCACGCAGUUCAAGCAGGCAAAACCUCCCACGCCGGCAAGGCAAAUCCAACACCUCCUGUAUCAGUCUGGAAUAGCUGGUGACCUGAAUAACGUGCCAGGCAUAGGCAAUCACGAGGAUCUGAAUAUCGUUUCCAAAGUUUUGGCUCUGAACGUGGGUGCCGUACCCAAUAAAAACCUGCAGUUCGCGACGAAUCCGGCUGCCACGAAGACGUCCGCGUGA